GGUCUAGUCAAUGACUGAAACCUCGGAGCCUGUCUGCGUAACCAAGCUCGGAGGACGAACCCGAAGACGCCGCGCCACCGUGGGUCCACCGACCAGUGAUCUACCUCCUGCCUUCUUACCCGGUCCGUCUUGUGCCGCGACUUGUGACUCGCUCUACCGGCAAGAUGGAUUACCACCACAUCCUCGCCGUCGGCCUACUCUCCCUCUGCCUCGCCGAGGUGAUUAGUCAGCAACAAGCAGCGUUCAAAUGCCCAGACACUGUGAAAACUGGCUACUAUCCAGACCCGGUGCAAUGUGACCUGUACUACAGAUGUGUGGGAGGUCAGGCUGAGGAAAGGCUCUGCCCGGACGGACUUCUCUUCGACGACUCAAACCCCAGCCACGAACGCUGUGACACACCCGUCAAUGUCGACUGUGCUGACCGAACUGAACUCCAGGAGCCGAAGCCGUCAAAGGGAUGCCCCAGGGCAAACGGUUUCUUCAGGCACCCGGACCCAUUGGUUUGCGACAAAUUCGUCAACUGUAUCGAAGGAGCAAUGAACGAGCUUCCUUGUCCUCCAGGUCUCAUCUACGACGAUACGGCCAGCACUUGCGCGUGGCCCCAUGAAAGCACGCGACUAGAUUGCACCAACGUUAAGAGCAAGAAACAGGUUCUUGAAGAUGGUUUCUCUUGCCCUGAUGGCGAAAUAAUGGGUCCGAAUGGAAGGACACUGCCUCAUCCUACAUUCCCUCACCCUGAAAACUGCCAAAAAUUCUACAUUUGUAGGAAUGGAGUCAUUCCUCAAUACGGAAGCUGUGCAGGAGGUCAGGUUUACAACGAAGAGACAUUCAAGUGUGAUGAACCUGAAAAUGUUCCUGGAUGUGAGAACUGGUUCGACGAGGAGGACAAGAGUCAAAAUCAAAAUCAAAAGAAGCCUUAAUUCCUCUUUCAUCACACGACACUGCUGCUGAGCGAAAAAGGUAACACGAGGGUAAGGACGAUACAGAAAGCACGUCAUUUAAAAUAAAGGGACCUGUAUCCAUCCUGGAAUGAGCCCUAAGAUCCAAAAGAGUGCAUGUACGAUAGGGCUCAUGCUAAAAUAGUUAUAGUUCCUUUUGAUUUUAAUAAGUCCAAAUCCGUAUCGACCAAAAUUAAGGUAAUUAGAAAUGCAAAAAUGCCAGAUCCUGAAUUGAAUCAGUACUUUUGAAAAGUGCGAAAGUCUAAUUUUUCUUACCUCUUUUUUUUGCACGUAUGAAGGAAUGUUUACUUGACAUUUGCCUUUGGAGGCGUCCGUUACUUGCAUUCCAAGAAGCGGACUACCAUUGCUUUGUCGGGUAAAAUGGCGAAGACAACUGGAGCGUUCAAAAAUGAAAAAAAAAAUUAGGAAAAAUGGAUUUUCACCCUUUAUAAGAGUACUGACUCGAGUAGGAUCAGGGUGAACCGGAAUCUAAAAACAUGGUCAAAUAGUGCUAAAAACUUUAGAACACCCUAUUUUUGGUUUUGUUAUUCCUCUAUCUAUCAGAAUAUGAUACUUAACUAGGAAGAAAGUAUUUAAAAUGUUCGACUUGAGACGAAUCUGAUUACAUUAUGGUCGUUAUGGUAUACUAUCGCUUCAGAAUCAUACCUGUUGUAGUUAGCGUGCACAAUUUCAUAUUUGUUUGGAAGCUGGAAUACAAAUUGUUCGUCUUACCUACUCCUCACUAAGAUUCAUGUUACGUCACCAAACGGGACAAAAUAAAUAGGCAAUGUGUGUCCUAAAAUCUACUUAUUGUUUUCAGCUGUGAUUUUGUUUUUUUAGUCAAUUUAAGCCUUUUUCAGGUGAAAUGAAUUCUGGAUAAGCAUAUGCGCCGACUGUUUCUAUGUUAUAAAAAAAAUAAUAUUCCUUGUGAAACUAAUGAACGCUUCAAGGAAUAAUAUUUUGUACAAACUAAGAGCUAUAAGUCCGUCAAAUGAGAGAAUGUUUGUAAAUAUUAUAUGUAUUUAAUGUAGUUAUUAAGUUCUUAUUUUGAAUGUUUCCCCUUAAUCUCAGCAUCCACAGAGGACAGAAAACAAUUUCAUAGUCUUUACUUUUUCUCAUGAGGGACUUUGCAUGUCGAUUUAUAAUUGAUGAAUUCAUUCGACCUGGCAGAUUCUCAUGUUGAAUUUAGUGAAUUUAAACUGAUUCUGAUAUCAUGUAAAAGUCAAGCUUCAGCUUUCCUGUUGUUCAGAUGAGAAUCUCGAAGAAUUAAAGACGUAUCUGUCAAUGCAUUUGCAUCCAAAAUAGAGCGAGAGAGACCUGAUUUAGGUUGUCAAUGAGUAUGUCCAAAAUGACAUCACUCGCAUGUUGUGUUUACAUCAAAAAUUUAGCAUGAUCACGUUGAAGUUGUCUUCACACUCUCUAAUUGAGUGAUCGGGACAAGUGUGGAAUAAAAGUAAACGUAUUUAGGAAAUUAUUAUAAAUGAGUUCAAGGCGCACAUUUAGUCAUACUAACCGCUGAAAACUUGUUCCUGAAAACAUGUCAUUAGAAAAGAAGAAUCAUUUUCAGAAAUAACUCAUUCGAUAUAUCGAGAAGGAGUCAGUCACCCCAUCUUGAAAGCUUCAAUUGAACUGUGUGAAGACAGCUUGGGCAAUUUUGAUCGAACUUCACUUUCAAACCUUCUAUUUAUAAAAAUUAACGAAAUUUUUACCUUGUUGUUGAGUUACUUUCAAAUAAAUUAUGUUUCAUAUAUUGUGAGCAAUUUGACUUCUCGUAUUAAAAAUGUCCGUUUUUAGUCAAUGGAA